CUUCAACUCAUUUAUAAGACCCUGUUGAAACUAGAUUUUCGAAAUUUUGCAAUUAUGUAAGUCUAAACGAAAUGAGCUCAAAUAUUGAAGAAAAAGGAACCCCCGGUACUGUCCAUUUGGUUGAUAUCGAAGGGACUUUGAAUGUCGAGCACGAAAAUGGGGAUGAUAUUGUUCUUAUUCCGCAACCAACGCUGAAUCCUGACGAUCCACUUCGUUGGAGUAAACGCAAAAAAUACGCUAUUGCAGUUUUAUUGUUAUGGACGGUUUUCGCUUUUGAUAUUUUAACUCUUGCUCUUUCACCAGUUCUAUUGGUGAUUCAAGAGGAUACUGGAAUUCCUCUUUCUGUUUUGAAUAGUGGCCAAGGGGUUUUAUACUUGUUUUUUGGUUAUCAGAAUCUUGUUUGGCAAGGAUUGGGUCUUAAUGAUGGAAGAAGACCAGUUCUUUUAGUUUGUUUGUUAGGGUGUACUCUCUGUUCAGUUUGGGCUGGUAAGGCAAAAAGUGUUGGUGAAUGGUAUGCCAAUAGAAUUAUCAUUGGUUGUUUCUUUGGACCUGCCGAAACUUUAAUUGAAGUUUGUAUGUCUGACAUUUUCUUUGCUCAUGAAAGAGGUUCAUGGAUAUCCUGGUAUGUAUAUACCUUGUUCACUACACCAUUUUUAUCGGGUGUAGCAACUGGUUUCAUUGCAGACCGUUAUGGGUGGCAAUGGAUCCAAUAUAUUGCUUCGAUAAUAUCCGGAACUAUUUUCAUCAUUUUAUUCUUCUUCUUAGAAGAAACGUUUUAUUAUCGAGAUCCUCAAUUAGAAUUGAGUAAACUUGAUGAUGUUAAAAGUACCAAAAGCCUCGAAAAUGAUAAAAAAGAUAAAGUUGAUGUAAAUGUUGAAAACAUUGAUGAUUCAUCAGAAACUCAACAUACAAGAAAAACAUAUCUUCGAAAACUUAAGUUUCCAAGUGUUUUCUUUGGUGGGUUAACUGCUGGUAAUGUUGUUGCAUGGUAUACUAUUGUUAACUCAACCAUGUCUUCUGUCCUUUCUGCUGCUCCUUAUAAUUUUUCGGCAAACAUAAUUGGUGUGUUCUUCUUAAGUCCCGUAGUUGGUAUAACUAUAGGUACUUUUUUGGCUGGGAGCCUUGGAGAUAAGUUUGCUAUAUAUAAAGCUAGAAAAGGCGUUGGACUCAGAGAGCCUGAAUCAAAAUUAUAUUUUGCUAUAAUUCCUUUGUUGAUUCAUCCUUUCGGUUGUUUCUUAUUUGGGAUCGGUGCUGGACAAGGAAUUCACUGGAUUGGAUUAGCUUUUGGAAUGGCUAUGAUUUGCUCAACUUUCCCCAUUGGCAGUACUAUUGCAAUUAAUUAUAUUAUUGAUUCUUAUAAAGAAGUUUCCGGUGAUGGCCUUGUUACAAUGAUUAUAAUCAGAAAUACAAUUGGUUUUGGUUUUGGUUAUGCAGUUACACCGUGGUUGCAAAAUUCUGGAACCCAAAACUUAUAUGUUGAGAUUGGAUGUAUUGGUGUAGCACUCUGGGCUACUAAUUUCUUGAUGAUUAUUUUUGGUAAAAAGUUCAGAAAAGACUCUUCUUCAACCUACUGGAAUUUGGUCGAGAAGUACGGUUUCAAAACUCAUUAA